AUGGAAAUAGUGCAGGCGCAGCCGCACGAAUUGGUGGCCGAGGAAAGGGAAGGAGGAGGGGUGCGGCCUGGCCCGGGCCCAGGAGGAGGUGAGAGAAAAACGGGGCUCUACUUCCCCAACAUGUUGAUAAGCAGUCACAAGGGGGAAGUGUACUCGGUGAAUUUUUCAUCGGAUGGAAAAUUCCUCACGUCAGCCAGCUUCGAUAUGACCAUAAUGGUACACAGUGUAUACAACGAGUGUGAAACUUUGAGCGUGUUGAGGGGACAUAAGAAUGCCGUUUUGCAAGCCAAGUGGUGCCGAGACGAUACACACAUAUGUAGCGCAUCUGCCGACUUCAAUGCGUUCUUGUGGGAUGUAGAAAAUGAAGAGAAAGUCAGAAGUUUUAAAGGACACACUAGCAUCGUCAACGGCUUAGAUGUAAUUAAUUAUAAUUUGUUUGCUACCUGUAGUGAUGAUUCUACUGUGAAAGUUUGGGACUUUAGAUGCAAAAAAUGGGUUCAUACAAUUUCAUAUGAUUAUCCCUUUUUAGCUAUCUGCUCAGACAAAAAAGGGGAAUCUUUUUACGUGUCUUCUGCAGACGAUAAAAUAAGCAAGUAUAGUGUUACCAGUGCAGAGUUAGAGGAUACUUUUUCAGGCCACAAGCAUUACAUAAGUGGUCUAGCUGUAAACAACGAAGAGACUGUCUUGGCAUCCCUCAGUGCAGAUGAGACGAUCUGCUUGUGGGACAUUCAACCUUUCCCCUGUGACGACAAACUCUUGUUUCAACUACCAGCACCCAAGUUUAACAUCGAUUACAAUUUAAUUAAAUUGUCCUUCAAUAAUGACAGCUUGCUUGCCUGUGGCAGCGGAGACAACCACCUGUACGUUUAUGAUUAUAAACAGAAGAUGCUCAAGUAUACCUUGCCUGGUCAUACGAGCACGAUAAACGACGUUGCCUUUCAUCCCUAUGAGGAGAUUGUGGUGUCCUGCUCGUCGGACAAGACGAUUUUCCUCGGCGAGUUGUGA